UCAUUAGCUCAGCCGAUUCGUUGUCGUCGCCGUCGAACCGAUUAGUCAUAUCUACCGACCACACUUUCUCUAUCUCUUCUCUUUCUUUGAAAUUUUAUCUUCUCUUCCAUUUAUGCGAAUGAUACAAUUUAUGCGAAUGAUACAACUGUUGGCUGCUAUUUAUACUGAUUCAUUUCUUGGCCCCAAAAUAUUGUGCCAACUCGUAUUUGUAUUUCUUCAUUUCUUGGAGCCAAAGUAUUGUGUAUUAACCAUGUAGAUGUGUAUGUGUAGAUUUUACCCAAUGAAUAUAAAGAGACGUGUAUGUGUAGAUUUUACCCAAUGAAUAUAAAGAGACACAUUGGUUAAAAGAGUUCAUCAAUUUCCCGCCAAAAUGGCUUAGAUUGUCUCAAGUUCAGCAUUUAUAUAGAUAUAGAUAUAGAUAAUCUUAUACUUAUAGGGCAAAGUCGUCACGACAAUACAAGUGGAGGGAAUUUGCACCAAAACGUCGUCGUAUAAUUUUUGUCCCCAUUUCUCCAUAGCCAUUUCUUCUGCUACUUCUCGAAAUUUCGGCGCUUCUUUCCCACAGUAUAUAUAGGGGUGAUUGAGAAGGAAUUAGGUUAAGUAGAAAUGGGGAGUGCAGGGAGAGAACUGACAAUUUCUCUGGAUGCUGUGAGGGACAAGAAUUUGAUGCAAUUGAAAAAGCUCAACACCGCGCUAUUCCCAGUUCGCUACAACGAUAAAUACUACGCAGAUGCUAUCGCCUCCGGUGAAUUUACUAAAUUGGCCUACUAUUGUGACAUUUGUGUCGGGUCUAUUGCCUGCCGUCUUGAGAAGAAGGAAAAUGGUGGUGUUCGUGUAUACAUAAUGACAUUGGGUGUUUUGGCUCCAUAUCGCGGAUUAGGCAUUGGUACAAAGUUGUUGAAUCAUAUUCUUGAUCUUUGCACGAAGCAGAACAUUGGUGAGGUCUACUUGCAUGUGCAGACAAACAACGAUGAUGCUAUCAAGUUCUACCAGAAAUUCGGAUUUGAAAUCACAGAUACAAUCCACAACUAUUACACAAACAUCACGCCACCAGAUUGCUACGUCGUCACCAAGUUCAUCACUCGGCCCCAAUUGACGAAAUGAUACCUUGAAGAGAGUUUCUUGAACAUUCACACUGUUGUUCUCAGGUGAACACUGAACAUUUAACCAGUUUUGGGAUCUGAAGAGUGUCGGUUUAUCAUUCAUUGUUCGUCAGUAACAACCAAAGUGAGUCGAGAAGGAAUUUGAUUUCUGUUUCUGGAAUGUGCAAGGUCUAUUAUUUAAUUGUACAAGAAAAAAAGGUUGGUGUUGGAUUUAGAUGUGUUAAGUUUUGUCAGAUUUUUGUUGCAUGUACUGCUGCUAGAUGACAUUCUGCUUCCAAUUUUUGAAUUUUGUGAUGCAGCUGCAAGUAAAGUGAUUCUUGAUUGCUUAUCA